AUGCUGCCACACCGCCGGGGAAGUUCGGGCUACGGCGACGUCCGUGCGCGCCCCUCCGGCGCCUUCUAUGCUGAGAUGCGCCUCGGCCUAGGCAUGUUCGACACCGCCCACGAGGGCGCCCGCGCGUACGACGCGACAGCGUUGCGCCUCUGGCGGCCUCGUAGGGAGAUGAACUUCCCCGAGGUGGCGACGCGGGAGCUGGCGCAGAAGCUCGCACCUCCCCGGCUUGUCACCGACGAGGACCGUCACGACAACCGGAGGCGGGAGCGCCGCCUCAGCAUCACUGAGAUGGAUGAGGAGGCCAUGGCGGUGUGGGGCCAACGCUUCCCGGAGGACGUCGUCAACAAGCGCGAAUUCUACACGCAAAGGAGGGUGGAGAGGUGGGCGGAGCGAGCAGCCUAUCACGAGGACAUGCAUACGAGGAAGGCGGCCGCGCUCUUCAACAUCGAGCUCAAAGAAGCGUCGACCUGGGACUCCGACGAUGAACGGUGGAUUGUCGCCUUCAUUCCGACGUCGGAGUGGGAGGAGGACACCACCGAGUCAUAG